AUGGAGGAGAAAACCCCCAAUGCAGAGGCGACGCAUCUGCGCUGGCAGAAUGUCGACGAGGAAUCCGGUGACACCGAGCGGCCUCGCUUGAACCGACUGAAUCGCUCUGCCUCUUACAGCUCUCAACACUCUGGUCGCAAUCUCAAAGCGAGGACCACUGUUGAUCCUUCUCUUUCCCUGCCAAUCCAUUAUCGAACAGUGUCCUUUGAGAUCGACGAGGCUGAAGCUCUUCAUCGUACGAAAGCUGCUCAGGCAAAGAGCGAAAUCGCAACUGAUCUCUCAAACCUCGACUGGCACACCAUAUCCGUAGAAGAGCUACAAAAACGUUGGCAGGUUGAUGCAUCCCAAGGCUUGUCGUCCGAGCAGGUUCAAAGGCGGCUGCGUCAAUAUGGCAAGAACUCCCUCGCUGCUCUGCCUCAUCAAUGGUUCUGGCAGAUAUUCGGAUACUUCUUCAAAGGUUUCGGCGCAAUCCUUCUCGUUGGAUGUGUUCUGGUCUUCAUUUCAUGGAAGCCCCUUGGUCAACCACCGUCUCAAGCAAACUUGGCUCUAGCCAUUGUCCUGCUCGCUGUAUUCUUUAUCCAGGCAGCGUUCAAUGCAUGGCAAGACUGGUCCUCUUCCCGUGUUAUGGCGUCUAUCACCGCCAUGUUGCCGGAAAGCUGCUUAGUGCAGAGAGACGGGUCGCAGGUCACUGUUGAUGGACCAGAUAUUGUCCCCGGGGAUGUUGUCUAUCUCAAAGCUGGAAACAAAUUACCCGCUGAUGUGCGGCUUAUCGAUGUCUCGAACGACGCAAGCUUUGAUCGGUCAAUUCUCACCGGCGAGUCAUUACCGGUUCAUGGAACAGUGGAUUCGACCGACGAUAACUACCUUGAGACACAUUGCAUUGGCCUUCAGGGAACCCAUUGUGUUUCAGGAACUGCAAAGGGAAUUGUCGUUGCCACGGCUGAUUCAACAGUCUUUGGUGGUAUCGCUAAAUUAACGAACGAGCCCAAAAAGGGCCUGACAACUCUCGAGAAGGAAGUCCUGAGGUUUGUCCUACUGAUUGUGCUCAUUAUGCUGACCAUGAUCAUUGUUGUGGUUAUUGUCUGGGCUACUUGGCUCAGAGUCGAUCACCCUGACUGGAUCAAUGUUCCUACCUUGAUUGUUGACUGCGUCAGCAUCGCGAUCGCGUUUAUUCCGGAGGGCCUGCCAAUUGCGUUGACUGCUAGCUUGACUAUCACUGCUAAUCUCAUGCGCAAGAAUAAGAUUCUUUGCAAGUCACUAAAGACAGUAGAGACCCUAGGUGCAGUGUCUGUUAUAUGCUCCGACAAAACUGGUACUUUGACACGGAACAAAAUGUUUGUCACUGAUUGUGCCAUAUCUACCUCUACUCUGAGCCCGGAGUCGGCAAGAGACCGGAUGGUGGUGGAUGGGAAGACAUCUGGCGUCCACCAACUCCGUGCUGCAGCCGCUCUGUGUAAUGCAGCCGAGUUCGAUGCUUCGUCCUCAACCUUUCCUCUGGCUGAGAGACGUAUAUAUGGCGAUGCCACCGAUCAAGCCAUCCUCAGAUUCUCUGAGAGUCUAGGGUCUGUCUCAGAAUUGCGCCAGACGUGGAAAAUGAGCUAUGAACUGCCUUUCAAUAGCAAAAACAAAUUCAUGAUCCGCACUUUUAAUGUGGCGCAACCCAACGGAUAUGGGCUAGCACUCUCGGCCGCAGAAGCAGUGCACUUCAGACAGAGUGACGGUUUACUCACAAUUAAGGGUGCCCCGGACAUCUUGAUUGAACGGUGUACGCACACCAUCGGCUCGGACGGUAAUGUGGUGGCACUUGAUGACCAUGUGCGAAGGAAAAUGCUCGAGAUAAAAGACCACUGGUCCAGCAAAGGUAGACGUGUUAUUCUACUUGCUCGCAAAGUUCUUCGAGCAGCGGAAAUCCUUGUACAUCCAUCUUCUCGUGAAUUUGAGUCAGAAAUGAUGAACCAAGCAAAGACUGGUCUAGUUCUGGUGGGCCUGGUUGGCAUUGUUGACCCUCCAAGGGAAGAGAUCCCCGACGUGAUCAAAACCCUGAGACGGGCUGGGAUUAGAAUCUUUAUGGUAACCGGUGACUUUGGGCUCACUGCUCUAGCUAUCGCACGGCAAUGCGGCAUUGUCACAACGGAAGGCGCAGUUGAUACUAUAGCCUCGCUGCAGAGGUCUACUCAAGUAGCUGAGAAAAUUCCCCCAUCGACGCCAUCACCCGCGAUCGUCGUGAGUGGGCCUGAGCUUAUGUCCUUGGAUGACUGUCAGUGGGACCAGCUCUGUCAAUAUCAGGAAAUUGUCUUUGCACGAACAACACCAGAACAGAAACUUCGCAUUGUCAGGGAGUUCCGUUCCCGAGAUGAGAUUGUCGGUAUGACUGGAGAUGGAGUUAAUGACGCUCCAUCUCUCAAGGCCGCCGACAUUGGGAUUGCUCUGGGCAGUGGCUCUGAUAUUGCAAUUGAAGCGUCUGACAUGGUUCUUCUCGACAGCUUUUCGGCAGUGGUAGAGGCUGUACAGUACGGCCGGGUUGUUUUUGAUAACUUGAAAAAGACCAUCGUUUACCUGCUGCCUGCCGGGUCCUUCUCCGAGUUCUGGCCCGUCUUCACCAAUGUCAUGUUUGGCCUUCCUCAGGUCCUUUCGUCAUUCCUCAUGAUAAUUAUCUGCUGCUUCACUGACUGUGCCGCCGCCACAGUUCUAGCCUACGAAGCCCCGGAAGCCGACGUUCUCCUGCGUCCACCACGCAAGCCAAAGCGCGAUCGUCUCGUGAAUUGGAAAUUAGUAUUCCACGCUUAUGGUAUUCUCGGUAUGCUGGAAAGUGUGGCAUCCUUCGCCAUGGCAUAUUGGUACCUUGAGCGCAGUGGCAUACCCUUUUCAGCGUUAUGGUUCAAGUUCGGAGCCGUUCCCUCCAACGUCGACCCAGACUACUACCAAGCCCGCCUAAACGAGGCCAGUUCGAUCUACUUCAUUAACUUGGUCGUUAUGCAAUGGUUCAACUUGAUGGCUGUGCGAACCCGCCGUCUAUCCAUCUUCCAGCAUCCUCCGGCCUUCAACAAAGACACACAGAAUCUGCUCCUCUUCCCGGCGAUUGCCUUCGCUCUCUGUAUGGCCAUCUUCUGGUUAUAUGUUCCCCCUUUCCAGGAGGUCCUGGAUACAAGUAGUGUUCCAGCAGAGCAUUAUUUCCUACCGGCUGCCUUUGGGCUGGGUAUUCUGUGUUUGGAUGAGUUGCGUAAAGCGGCGGUCCGGAGGUGGCCAACAGGAAUUUUGGCUAAGUGUGCUUGGUAG